UCCAAGUCCAACAGCUCCCGGUGGCGGUCGGGCUGUCGUCAUGGCCGACGAGAGGAAAGGUUGGUAUGUGGUGCUCAUCGUCAACGGUCCCGACCUGACCUACGUCCUUGAUGAUGCGAGACUCGUAGGUGAGGCGUGUGUGCACUGUGGCCUUUGUACUCGAGAUCAGGUGGUGGAAAUCUUUGAUGAAACGGAGACUGUGAUCAUAAAGAAACUGGAAGAACUGGUGGCGAAGCUUAAAGAGAAGGACAAGGUUUUUGUCUGGUAUUCUGGCCAUGGCUAUGGUUGUCAGGAUGGCCAGCAUAAGGGCUAUACUCUGCUGAUACCAAAGGCUGAGCAGUUCGGAUCAUACUUAUCGGAUGACGAAGGUGAGGACUUGGGAGACACUGUCAACGGCUUGUGGCUAGAAGAUACGCUCUUCAACCUCUUGAAACACCGGACUAAAUUGACGGUUUGGUGUGUGGUUGCAGCCUGCCGGGAAGCAAAACCUGACAGAGACGUUUGGCAUGAGAAGAAGAGUGGAAGACGCAUUGUCGCGCCCAACAUUCAUGAGCCCUGGCCGUCAACAGGCCUGAAUAGGUAUAUCUUCAUGUAUGCCUGUGCUGUCGGCCAGGCCAUGUUGGACACUUGCAUUUUUGCAAAGGCAUUUUGCUUCAACCUGGCAUCUGGCCCACCAAGUCUCGUGGAUCUGCAGGACUCCUUGCUGACUGACAGUGAGCUUGUGACCUUCGGAGACCUUCAUGCACCGCCCGUCGUCACAGUUGGUCAAACUCGCGGUCUCGACCUUGAAACUCAGAGAUUCGUCACUCGCGAGCAUCUUGAGUACGACCCUGCUUGGAUUCAUCCCAUGCGAGAGGCUAGACUAGUCUCGGAUCACUUACAUGCACUUGCAAACGAUGAGAUCUUGAAGUCAGACAAUUCAGAUCCCUAUAUGCCCUUUGCCCACCAUAGAGCCAUUGCUGCUGAAAUCAUUGAGCGAUUUCAUGAUCAAGCAAGCAAUUAUCACAGGUUCGAAGCGCAACUCCGCAUCAUAGCCUGCAAUGACCUAGAUCAGGUCAAAUCAAUGCUGUCUCAGACCUCUUCUGGGAGUCUUGGCUAUGCACAAACAGAGUGGGAACCUCCGGAUGAGAAUGACGGCACUUUGGAUAUGCGGGUGUUGCACAAUUUGCCAGAUGAUGUGGUUGGUGCGCUUGGCAAGGCAAUUCGCACAUGGAAGGAGGAAGGCAAGGGCCUUCCUUCCCGGCCAAUUUUUGAUAUGCUGCGGAUGCUGGGAACCUACUACACUGAGAGAAGAUUUCCGGAUGCACGACUUGAACGAAUGGGCGAAGAAGACGAGGUCAAGAAUUGCCUGGAGGAGUAUUUCUAUAUACACAAUAUUCCUGGAGUGUCGGCUGUAAGCCAGUCCGAUGGAGAAGACCUCACGGAAGCACUGAUGAUGACGGUGCAGAAAUGCCAGCAGGACUUGGGCCUUUGUUUCAGCAUUUUGGUCAUGAAGUACAUGUGUCCCAGUUUUUGAGCGAACCUUCUGGAUCUAUGUCAUGUGUCUUGCCGAUCGACAGCUGGUAGGAUCCUUGUUUUGACCAGUAAGGCAUAGAAG